AUGGGCAACCAGCAGUCGAGCAGCAAGGACAAAAAGGGCGACAAGGCCGGCUCCGACGGCGUGCCGCUGGGCCGCGAGUACUACCGCUCUUUUGAGAGAUCCGACACCAAAGACUCGACCCGCUCGCUGCGCAACUCGCUGCGCAACAAGAUCCCCGGCACCGGCAAAUCAGACAGCCCACGCAACUCGGUCGCCGGCCUCAACGACGUCAACGGCAAGCCCGACAAGACGGACGCCGCCUCGACAAAGUCCAAGGCCGGCUCGCGACGAAACUCUAUCAUAGCCUCCGCUCCCGCCCCAGCCCCAGCCGCUGGCUCCCCCGCCACCGACGGCGCCCCAGACGCUCCAGACAAGGCUGAGUCGGACGCAGACGAGCCACAGGCACCGCCCUCGCCCGUCCAUGGCACCACCGUCGGCACGGGGCACGAGGGCGUCUCCAAGGCCCAGCGAACCGGCGAAGUCGACCACGUCUCGGACGUGCCCCCCACGGGCGCCGCACAACCUCUGGCUUCAGCCCAGCCGGGCGAGUCAAUCCUGCAGCGCAAAGACCAGCCCAUUCCCAGGCUGCCAGAGCCUCCUGCCACGACCGACGGCUCGGGCUCGCCCAUGGAGAUUAGCGCGCUCAAGACUAUGGAUCUCGACGACAUGAUCCAGCGCCUGCUCGACGCUGCCUAUGCCGGAAAGGUGACCAAGACGGUCAGCCUGAAGAAUGCCGAAAUCUUUGCCAUUUGCUCAGCUGCCCGCGAAGUCUUUCUCAGCCAGCCCGCCCUGCUGGAACUCGCCCCGCCCGUCAAGAUUGUCGGCGACAUCCACGGACAGUAUACGGACCUGAUUCGCAUGUUUGAAAUGUGCGGCUUCCCGCCAAACUCAAACUACCUGUUCCUGGGCGACUACGUCGACCGCGGCAAGCAGAGCCUGGAAACCAUCCUCCUGCUCCUCUGCUACAAGCUCAAGUUCCCCGAGAACUUCUUCCUCCUGCGCGGCAACCACGAGUGCGCCAACGUCACGCGCGUAUACGGCUUCUACGACGAGUGCAAGAGGCGGUGCAACAUCAAGGUCUGGAAGGCUUUUGUCGAUACUUUCAAUACACUGCCCAUUGCAGCUAUUGUAGCCCAGAAGAUUUUCUGCGUACACGGCGGCUUAUCCCCGAGUUUGUCGCACAUGGACGAUAUCAGACAGAUUGCCCGACCCACCGACGUGCCAGACUACGGCCUGCUCAACGACCUGUUGUGGAGCGAUCCGGCAGACAUGGAAAACGAUUGGGAGUCCAACGAACGGGGCGUUAGUUACUGCUUUGGCAAAAAAGUCAUUAUGGAAUUUCUCGCGCGCCACGACUUUGAUCUGGUCUGCAGAGCGCACAUGGUGGUGGAAGAUGGCUACGAAUUCUUUACCGACCGAGUAUUGGUGACUGUGUUUUCGGCGCCAAAUUAUUGCGGCGAAUUCGACAAUUGGGGCGCAGUCAUGUCGGUCUCUGGAGAGCUUCUCUGCAGUUUUGAGCUGCUCAAGCCCCUCGACUCGAGUGCGCUCAAGAGCCAUAUCAAGAAGAGCAGGAACAAGCGCCAGAGCAUGCUCAACUCACCAGUACGUAUCAACUGA